AUGCCAACCCUCACCCAAGCCCGCACCUCAAAUGCCGCCAUCAGCUCGCAUACACCCGAGCUGGUGGCCGUAUUUGUAGGAGCCACCAGUGGCAUUGGCGAGGCAACAGCCAAGGAAUUUGCCAGGGCAGUCAAGAAACCGACCAUCCAUCUAGUCGGACGCAAUCAGACGACAGGAUCCAGGAUCUUGGAUGAAUUAAAGGCCGCGAACCCAAAAGGAUCGUUCUACUUUAUUCAGUCGGAUGUGUCGCUGCUCAGGAACGUUGAUGACGUAUGUGCGAAAAUCAAGGAUAAAGAGGAUGCUAUUGAUCUUUUGUUUAUGACGACGGGGCAUUUAGCUGGUUCGAAAAAUGACACCACAGAAGGACUGGAGAAUAACCACGCACUUCGAUACUACUCCCGUAUGCGAUUCAUCUACAACCUCCUCCCACAGCUGAAAGCCUCUGAGGGUCCGGCACGAGUUGUCUCCGUUCUCGGAGCAGGCCAAGAAGGCAAAAUUGAGCUCGACAAUCUCGAUCUACAAAAGAAAUGGACGUUCCUGACGGCCUCGACCUAUGCCGUCACAAUGAACUCCCUCGCCAUGGAGCACCUCGCCGCCCAACACCCAUCCAUUAGCUUCAUUCACACGUUCCCGGGCUUCGUGCGCACUCCUCUUUUGAAUAAUACUCUAGGGUCCAUCGCAGGUUCCAUCGUUGGUCUCCUCACCCGGCCUAUGUCCAUGAGUCCGCAGGAAAGCGCCCAGCGGAAUCUCUACCUCGCUACCUCUGCGGCAUAUCCGCCCAAACAGCCGAAAUCAACCUCUGCCAUCGGUGUGCCCCUUGUCGAGGGCGUGUUGACAUCCAUUUCGUCGAUAGGGAAGAGCGGAGGCGGGUCGUAUAUUCUACACUAUGACGGGAGUGAUUCGACAAAUGCAUCGUUAAUGAAUGGGUAUCGUGAGAGGGGGUUUCCCAGGAAAGUAUGGGAGCAUACGUUGGAGUGUUUUAAGAAGGUGAUUGAUCCUGCGGAGUAG